AAAUUUUAAAAGGGCAUUAUACAUAACAUUGAAAUUGGUAUACUCGAAUAUUUUUUUAUCCCAUUUUCACCAAAAAUACAGUGUCCGAAAAAAGUAGCGAAAAAACGUCCUCUUGGGAUUAGAUGGAUUAAAGUUACAAUGGUAGUCUCAUCUUGAUUUCGAACGAUUUACUAUUCAUCAUCAAAACGUCAUUGUACAACACGCAGAGCUAAAGCUUGGCUUCAUCAAUCAUCCCCCCGGACGAGCAGAGAAAGUCAUUGACUGCGCGACUAGAUCUCGACUUGCACCGACUUUGCUAUAUUCACCAGUCGUGGAAUUGAUCAUUUUGAACAAGCUUAACUGCUGCUAAACUGCGCUAAAGUGUCGGACUACCGGUGCCCACUCGCUGGCGCUGCAUUAAACUUGCGGCGCAUAUUUUUGCUGAGUGCUGCUGCCACUGUUGCCUGCUGUACUGGAGUUGUUGCAAGCCACAGGCGAGUAGUGAAAAAUCUCUACAGUUUUAUCAUCAUGGACUGAUGUGAUCUUUCGCCGCUGCUAAAUAAUACACUAUAGAUAUAAGAGGUAUAUAGGACUUCAUCCGGUACAGAAGACUGAGUGAUCUUUUCGGAGUGGUUUUUCUUACGACUGAGGGGACCGACCGAGAGAGGCUUCAACAUGGUGCGCCAGGACAUCCUUGUGUUGUUGAUUGUAUCGUUCAUUGGCCAUACCCUGGCCUCCUAUGCAAACGACGAUGUCAUGUACGUUGAACUCGACGAGCAACCGGAGGUUAGAUGGAUUGUCGACAAGUACAAUGAUAAUGUUGACAGCUCGCAUCAGCAGCUAGACGAACUUAUAGGAAACCAUUUAAGAAGAAAAAGAUCCAUAGUGAAGGCUGUAGUGUCAAUAACAGAUUCAUUUUCUAAAAUUCAACCCAUUUCGUGCCAGGAUAAACUUAAAAAAUUGUGCGGUGUCGCUAAUAAAAAUAUGGAUGAUUUGUUUUAUUUAGAAUGUAUUCAAACUUUUAAGCCAAGUGAAGUAGCUGAUAUAGAUGAUGACUGUCAACAUUCAGUUUAUAAUUAUAUUCGUGAUAUUACCAAGAAUGAAAACAUUUAUAAAAUGACUAAAAGUGAAUGUGGAAAUGCAUUAGAAGAUUUAAAUUGUCCAAUGUCUACACCUGGUUCUUACUUGUUUUGUUUAGUAGAAAAAAGAGAUAAAGUUAAUGAUCUUCAAUGUUCAGAUUAUAUUCAAAGACUAGAUUGGGUUGUUAAUGACUUUAAAAUAAUAGUAGCAUCAUUUGUUCCGGAAUGUCAAAAUGAUGUAAAUCGUUUCAAAUGUGGAAGAAUACAACCAUAUAAAGACAUUUUGCAAGGACAAACAUUGGCUUGCUUACAACAAUAUGUUAAUAAACUCGAAGUACCAUGUAAGAAACAGAUCCUUAAAGUUACUGAAAUUCAAUCUGACAAUAUCAGACUAGACCGUCAAUUAUACUUAGCGUGCUUGCAAGAUCAUAUUAAAUUUUGUCCUAGCAUUAGGCCAGGAAGUGGUUUUGUUUACAAAUGCUUGAUGCAGCACAAGACUGAUCGAACAAUGACUAAAGCAUGCCAAGAUCAGUUAGCUAGGAGAGAAAAACUUAUUGCUUCAGAUUAUAGAGUUAGUAAAGGUCUUGCAAGAGCCUGCAAAGAAGAUAUUAAAAUGCAUCAUUGUCGCAGAAAUGUGCAAGAUGAUAGAGAUAUAAAACUGGCUCAAAUUUUAUUAUGUUUAGAAUCAGCUGUUAAAAAUGGCAGCAAAGUAGCUCCAGAAUGUCAAGUAGAGAUGUUUGAUCAUAGAAAAAUACUCAUGGAAGAUUAUAGAUUAUCCCCAGAAAUAGUAAACAAUUGUGCUAAGGAUAUUAAAAACUUUUGUAAUAAUGGUGUUGGAGGUUCUACAAUUCAUUGUUUGAUGGAGUAUACAAGAGUAGGAAGAAAAAGAAAAGCCAGGGUCUCCACUAUGUGCCAAAGAGCUCUGGAAGAUUUGAUCAGAGAAACAGACGCUGGAGAAGAUUGGCGAGUAGAUCCUGUUUUAAGAGAAGCUUGCCAAUCAGUAGUGGAUGUAGCUUGUAAAGAUGUUCAAGGAGGAAAUGCCAGAAUCAUAUCUUGUCUCAUGGAUAAACUAGGAACUGAUAGAAUGACUGAAUCAUGUGCAACAGCUCUUGUUCAAAUUCAAUAUUUCAUUGCAAGAGAUUUCAAGCUUGACCCACAACUGUACAGAACUUGUAGAGCAGAUGCAGUGCACUUCUGCCAUGCUAGUAAUACUUGGGCAAAUGAUGGUACACAAAUUGACGCAGAAAGAGGUCCUCUUGUGUUACCUUGUUUGUACAGAUAUGCCUAUCAUCCACAAAAAAAUAUGACGCUUAAGAAAUCUUGUUUGGAUGAAAUUAAACGAGUCAUGAGACAAAGAGCCAUUAAUGUUGAUCUUCAACCAGAAAUUGAAGAAGUAUGCUUGGAUGAUUUAGCAUCAUUUUGUUUCGAUAAAACUGCAAAAGGUGAAGAGAUCUUGUGUCUACAAGAUAAUAUUGAUAGCUUGAAUCAACAAUGCAAAUUAGCAGUAGGAAAUUUUACUGAAGAGCAAGCUCAAAGAGUUGAAUUAAAUCCUAUUAUAAUGAAUGCUUGCAGGCAUAUUAUGGAAAAACAUUGUGAUGAAAUUCAACAGUUUGGUAAAGAUGAUGGAGAUAUGAUGGAAUGUUUAAUUGAACAUAAAAAUGAUUUAGAUUCUCGUACUGAUAGCAAAUGUAAAGCUGCUGUUGAACAUUUUCAAUUGAUAUCUCUUAAAAAUUAUCACUUUACUUAUAAAUUUAAAGAAGCUUGUCGACCCAUGGUUACCAGAUGGUGCAAACAAGCAAAAACAAAGUCUGAAGUUAUUGCUUGUCUAAGUGAUAUUGUACAAAAAGAUAUAAUUUAUGACUCUCAGCAUAAAAUAACUAGAGAAUGUCGACAACAACUAAAAGCACAGCUUUAUCAACAGAGAGAAAACAUAAAGUUUGAUCCAAAAUUGCAUAAAACAUGUGAAAAAGAAAUAGGUUUAUUAUGUUCCAAUGUUGAACCUGGCAAUUCUCAAGUACUCGAAUGUUUAGCAUCUCAUAAAGCCAAAUUAGGCGUAGAGUGUCAUGCUCAGUUAUUCAAAGUGAGGAAACAAGAGUUCCAAGAUAGUUCUGUCGAUUUCGCUCUCAUGCAUGCUUGCCACCCAAUGGUGAGACAAUUUUGUCGUGGCACAGAUCGAUCACAAACUUUGGAUUGCUUGAAACGUUUUAAAGACGAUUCAAUGUUUGAUGAUAAAUGUCGAUCAUUUGUUAUGAACAGAAUGGCUGAACAGAACACUGAUUAUCGAUUUAAUACAGCCUUACAGUCAGCAUGCUCAAAUGAUAUAAACAAACAUUGUAUGUAUUAUAUAAAACAUCAACCUCAAAAUAAAGAAUUGGAAGGCAUAGUGAUAGGAUGUUUAAAAAGUAAAUUUAAAGAAUCAAAACUUACCACAAAAUGUGAAAGACAAAUGGAAACUAUUUUAAGAGAAGCUGCUUUGAAUUAUCAUUUAAACCCUUUGAUAGCUGCCCUUUGUGCUGAGGAGAUCGACAAACUAUGUAAAGCCGACGAAAAUAAUUCCCCAGGCAAAGUCGAAGAAUGUUUGAAAAACAAGUUCACUGCUGAUGAUAAAGAUAUGAAAGAAGCAUGUCGUAUUCAAGUAGCUGAAAUGAUUGAAGAAGCCAAAGCCGACAUAAAUGUGGAUCCACUGUUGCAAAAAGCAUGCGCCGUUGAUGUUAGCAAGUAUUGCGGUUUUGUAAUACAAGGUGCUGGAAGACAUAUUAAAUGUCUGCAGAAUGUAUUAAAAGACAAUGAGAAAACGUUGCAACCAGAUUGUUAUAAAAUGUUAACUACAAGAAUUGAGAUGUUUAAAAAUGCUGAUAAGCUUGCAGCCCCAGAAACUUUUGAGGAACUCUACGAUUCUGUCAACCGUUCACCAGCCAGGCGCUAUUUCCUCGUACUAGCCUUCACUGUGAUUGGGUUCAUAUUUAUCGCGGGAUUGUCUUGCGGUCGAGUAUCUCGACGCACUAUGCUUAUGAAGAAUAAGUGA